ACUUUGUCGCUGUGUUAACUAGUGACGACCGGUGGUGUCCUCAUGCAAGCGAUUGUUUUGAAUUUACAGAAGCAACUGGAAAUCGGAGUUGCCUAGGUGUGACCACUUGCUGUGUUGCAGAGACCACCAGUUCUACAGUCAUGCUGAACACACCGUUGGAUAGACACACAGACUGACGAUGGACUGAUUGGUCCUCUCCACCAGUCCCCUCCCCCUCCUCUCUGUAUUUGUGCCUGCUGGAUCCUGGUCAGUGGAUCCUCGGGCGCUGUGCUUCAUGGCGUCCAACGGUUGGGCUGGGAGACAUUCCCUGUGGCGGUUCCUUUCGCCGUUUCGAAGCAGGCAGGAGCGUGUGGUGCUGGCACGCAGCGAGAGCAUGCCGGGGGAACACGUGCUGAAGAUCACCAUCACAGAGACCACGAUAAUCGAAGCAGAUUCAGGGGUGUGGAACUCCAAGUCGCUGGUCUACCUGGGCCUGUGGUAUUUCUUCAGCUUCUGCACACUUUUCCUCAACAAGUACAUCCUAUCUCUGCUAGAGGGGGAGCCAAGCAUGCUGGGCGCUGUUCAAAUGGUCUCCACCACCAUCAUAGGCUUUCUGAAGAUGUAUGUGCCUUGCUGCCUAUACCAGCACAAGUCCAGGACUGAGUACCCCCCCAACUUCCUCAUGAUCAUGCUGUUUGUGGGGCUCAUGAGGUUCACCAGUGUGGUGCUGGGUCUGGUGAGCCUGAAGAAUGUGGCCGUUUCCUUUGCCGAGACGGUGAAGAGCUCUGCACCCAUCUUCACUGUCAUCAUGUCAAGGCUGAUCUUGGGGGAAUAUACAGGUAUGUGGGUGAACCUGUCCCUCUUUCCUGUCAUGGCUGGUCUGGCCCUCUGCACUGCAACAGAGAUCAGUUUCAACAUGCUGGGCUUCUCCGCAGCCCUCUCCACCAACAUCAUGGACUGUUUACAGAAUGUUUUUUCAAAGAAGCUACUAAGUGGAGACACCUACAAAUUCAGCCCUCCAGAUCUGCAGUUCUACACCAGUGCAGCUGCAGUCAUUAUGCUCAUACCUGCCUGGGUCUUCCUCAUGGACAUUUCAGUGAUUGGGAAGAGUGGGCGUUCGUUCAGCUGGAGUCCAGACAUUGUUUUGCUGCUGCUGUUUGAUGGGGCCCUGUUCCACCUGCAGAGUGUCACCGCCUACGCCCUCAUGGGACGCAUCUCUCCCGUCACCUUUAGUGUAGCCAGCACAGUGAAGCACGCCCUGUCUGUCUGGCUGAGCAUCAUCUUGUUCAGUAACCACAUCACGGUGCUCAGCGCUGCCGGCACGGCCCUGGUGUUUGUGGGCGUGCUGCUGUACAACAAGGCCAAGCAGUUUCAAAGACACACCUUAAAGGCCCUGGCCCACGCCCAGGCUCAGGGCCACAACUACAAACCACUACUGCAGGAUCACAAGCUCAAAGCAUCGGACCGAUAGACUCCCCUGGAGAAUAAGGGGGGAGAGACCAGAGGUCUCUUCUCUCUAACUUUGAUAAUGUAGAACCUGAUACGCAGACGAUUUGACUAGACCAUGUUUUGACUCGCGCCAGCAUUAUUACGAAUGAGGGAAGUCAAUGGUCAUCAUAGCACAGUAGAAGGAUCUGUCACUCAAGUGAGGUUUCGUUCAGUAGGAAUGGUCCAUUUGAGAGGCUGGUUUCUCUUGAGGUUUCAUUCGGCCUCACUUUGAUGCAUUCUCUGAUACCUAUGUGAACUUGUCUUAGUGUGUGGUCUGACCAUGGACCACUGUUUGACAGUGGACUGGUGCAGCAGGUGUGAGCAAACUUUUUGGCUUGAGGGCCACAUCCGGAUUUCUAAAUUGAACGGGGGCCACACAGAUUUAUUUUUUACUGAUAUGUUUGUCAAAAUCAAUUUUUGUGCCAGAAACGUUCCAGUUAUUUUUUAAAUAUAUAGGUCCAUUUAUAUAUUUCGACAUACUUUCUAUCUAGUUUUAGACGUUCAAGUGUGGCCUGGAGUGUUUUUAAAUUUUUUUUUUUACCCAAAACAAUUUCCCACCUCCCCAAAAAACAACUUAUUUUAAUUUGUUUAUUUUUACCUCCUGUGGGUCGGAUUGAAUGGGCUCAUGGGCCAGGCCGUAGUUUUCCCAGCCCUGGGGCCUCAUUUAUCAAAGUUGCAUGCGCACAAAAAAAGACUAAACUUUCCUGCGCCAGUUAGGCCUCAAAGUUUGGUGUUUAUCCAUUUUGAAGUUGACGGGAAAGUGUGAGUAUCUCCACGCACAUCUCAGGCCAAGCGUACACACUACUUCUAAUGGUUGAUCAACUACAUUGCAAGCAAACAUUCUUAUUUCUUUCUCGCCUGAGUGUGCCAGAGCGCAGAAUAACUGUUGAAUUUACGAACGCUCAACACCCGAUGAAUAUGGCCGGUGUCAGUAAACGUCGGCAAAAAAGCGUAAUUAAAUUGUUGCCAGCAGCACAGUUACAGUCACCAACCCUCUGGAUAACAAGAAAACAGCCUAACAAGCUCUGCUAGGACCAGUAAAAUGGUCAGAGUGAGGAGUUCUCAUUUGUGUCUGGAAAUAGUUAGCAAGCUAGCCAAAAUUAGCCAGUUAGCUUGGGUGCUUGACUGCCAUUGUGUGGUCAGAAAGCUCGAAUCAACCCUACUACUUGGCCAGAACGUCCAGUGUGCACUCUUGAGAGCGAAACAUUUACGAACGGACAAUCUGACAACUGAAUUUACGAUCGCCCUCUGAGCGCCCCCUCUGACACUCUAGAUUGAAUUUAUGAACACACCCUUAAUCUCCAAGCAUAUACCAAGGCAGGAGAUAGAAACACAAUCACGUAUUUAUAAACAAAAUAUUGAACAACAAUUUGUAUUUUUCAUGGAAGUGUGGGCUGUAGGAAGCAUUUAAUUUUAAAUUGUUCAAUAGACAAUAAAUCUUGCAGAAUGUGCGACUAGUGUUUGGCACUCGCUAUACGCGGUAUGCAUGUUUUGUAAAGAAACAUUCUACCCACACCUCUACAGAAAUGUGAUCACAUUUGCCAUUGAGCUUUCUUUUGCAACUAUCAUGGCCCAGUUCCAACAUCACCAAAUCAAACCGCAAAUGAAGGCGUUGUUGUUACCAUAAGUGAAUCAAUAAGUUUUACAGGCAGGGUUGUUCACGAACUCACAAAUUAUAGUGUAUCAAUGAAAACAUGAUUAUGUUCCGUGCCACAUCGCAAUAAUUUGUUGCACAGGCAAAUCAGGGCCGGACUACCGCAUUUGGGCCCCCAGAAUUGUUUUAAAUAAUAAUAAUUCUGUUUAAUAAUGCUAAACAAGUUUUAAAGCUAAUUUCCUGCAAUUCUACACUAUUUGACAUGGGUCAGUGAUAAAUGUGCUUUUCAAUAGCUCAUCUCAUGCUCACAUUUUCUCCAUGAGGCUGAGAGAAAAUGUUGCAGUUUAAAGCAUAUUUCCAGCAAUUGUACAUAUUUGUUCUAUCAUAUGCAUAUGCUAUCUGGGGGGCCCCUGACCUCCAGGGGACCCACAACCCAAAAAAGGUUAGUGGCCCCUGGGCAUGUGCCCUGUUUGACCGUUUGGUAAUCCGGCCCUGACGUAAAUCCUAGAAUCUCCCAAGUAUGCCAGAAUUGAGUAAGAAAUGUAUGUAUAGUUGAUAAAUGAGGCCCCUGGUCAAGCACUCGGCCAGAUGGCCAGAUCUUCAGUCUUCACUUCACUGUUACACUGUCAAUUCCUUUUGUUGUUUCAUUCCUUCGCCUGUUUUCAAAUCAUGUGAAAACUCAGGAUUUCUCUAAAUGUUCAUUGGUGGAAGUGGUUCAAUACAAGUCUAUUUUUUCUGCAUACUUGCCUUUUAGGAUUUUAUUUUUUCCAUUGGUCUUUAAAAAAAUUGGUUAUAGGCACAUAUUCUCGUUGACAAAACGGCUUUAUCCUCCCGAUUUCAUUUGCCACCGUCCAUCAUAAUGUAGAACAGUUAAGGCAUUUAUUAAUUCCAAUAGGGCAUUAGCUCAGCUGUUUACCAACUAGUCACAAGUGAAAAGCAAAUAUUUGAGGCAUUAGUCUGACUACAAAGGUGUGUCUUACCCUCAGGGGAGAAGAGGUAGGGAGAGUGGUAUUUAUUUGUUUUCCCAAAGCUCACUUUUGACACUGAACUUCUUACAGCAAUGUGAAAUAUUUGAAAGCCUUGAGCGCAGUCUGCAGAGAUCAUAUCAUCUGCAGUUCUUAUAAAUUCACCUAUAAAAAAAAAAAUAUUCUCAAAGAUUUCUCUGAUAAUAUUGUUUGUUCUUUUUCUUGCACGAAAACCUGAAAGGUAGAUUGAUUUGAUAUGUUGUGGCAUUGUGUAGCCUUCCACACCCAUGUCUUACUUUAUGUGCCACAUUGAAUCCUGUUAUUCACUAUGAGUCAGUUGAAUAUUUGGUUUAAAAGGGACUUCACUGUAAAGUGCCAAUGACUUGGUGUACUUUAUUUAAAGUGCUGUAAUUCAAGUACUGUACAUGAAACUGUUAUUUGUCUUGAGUACAUUCCUUUGUCUUUGCAUUCUUUUUUAACAGCGCAUUUAAUUUUAGUCAUUCGGGUUGUGAAACGCCCAAGGUCUCAACCAUUUUAACCAUUUCCUCUGUAAUUUCUAUAUAUUACCAUUUGGGUGAUAUAAUCUAAUAUUUGCAUUAAACAAGCUCAACUAUAUAAAUUUUGUUGAGGAAUCUACAAGUACUGGUUUACUCCACUGCCUGCCUGUAGACCGAGAAUAAGCGAGCAGACAGUGGGUGUACAUCUCCUGCAUUCUAUCCUGGUUCUCGUCCUUGCCUUGUAACUGAAUAAUACCGGCAUAACCAGGUGUGUGACUUUCCUCGCUAUUUUAGCAAUUAAGCACCAGGGAGAAACAAAAACCAGCAGUACAUCGGCCCCCAAGGACAGGCAUAUUCAUUCCAGAAACAGUUUAAGAACUAAUCGGAAGCAAAAUAAAUUAAAACAAAAUUUUCUAUUGGACAAAUUUAGGUAGGUUCCUCCGUUCUGUUUGCUUCCAUUUUAAAAAAUCCCCCAAAAAAUCAACAAAAUCGGCAUAAUGAAUACCUCCCUGGAGUUUUGCACCCCUGACACAGCCGGAAUUCAACCCUUGCAGAUUUUUUGGGUGUGUUUGAUUUACACCCAGAAUAUCCUGGAUAGAUGGAGUUGCCAACUUAAUUAGAAAAUGGCGGUCCUGUGGGUUGAAAGAGCUAGGUGCAAGGCUUGAAAUCCAACCUAAUCUUAUUCAACCUCUCUAUUGAGCUUAGGUUUAGUGAAACUGGAUCUCAUUUUUGUCCUUUGUCUAUAGUGAAAGUGUGGUCAGUUGGAUAGGAUAAAGCGAAACUACCGAACUGACUACAUUUUGUAAAAAAGAAAUGUCUGUUUGCUUGAGUGAAUGGCACUGGCAUUUCCUUGGUUUUUGUUAUAGUGUGGUGCUUUUCUCAGACUAACAACAAGUUCAGCAAAGAAAAGUUCCCAAUAUGUGGAUGUCUCAAGUUUGGACAGAUCAUUUAUGUGAAUUUGACUAGAAUGUAAUCUUAUGUUCCCUGACUAUUGUAAUCAAUCAAUGUUUAUAGCUACAAGUUGAAAUUUCUUUCUGACUCCUGUUGACUGAUUUUGUUUACUUAAUUAUUUUACAAGUGCCACUUUACUUGCACAUGAAUUGUUCCUUUAGGGCUGUUUCUCUGAAUUCAUGUUCUUGCCAAAAUGUGAUUUUCACUGAUGGUCCAGUGUUGAUAUGAUUACUGUAAUUAAGAUAUUUACUGUAGACUUCAAAAUGUUUAACCGAUGGGGUAUAUCGAAGGCUACAUAAUUUCUACUGUUAAGUGAAAUUCUCACCAGGUGACCUUUUUCAUCUCAUUCUCUGAGAAUUUGCUCAGAACCUCGUUUUUUUGGUUGUAUUUUCUAAGUACUGUAUCACUCAUAAAAGAGAGGCCUCUGUCGUUUUUUAAAAGAAACCUGUGGACUAAGAUUUCAUGUUGAUGCAUUCCCCAAAAUGAUUGUGUUGCUUGUCAUAUGAACCAGACAUAGUUUUACACUGAUUUAUCACCACUUUUCUAAUUUAAUAGCAAUAUGUCACAAUUCACAAUAUUAUACCUCUCAAAAUCUGAGUCACAAGGAUUAAAGGGAAAAGUAUUGUGUAGGAGUACUUAGAGAUUGACAUUCAAGUCUGAAAUGCACUUAACCAUCGGGCAAGACAGGAGUUUUGGCUGCCUGAAGGUUAUGAUCAUUUGCCGAAAAUGUAAAUGAGCUAUUUACUUGCAGAAAUGCCAUAUAUUGUCUGCCUUGCACCUAAACAUAGGGUAGCAAUCAAAAAAAUAAUAAUCACCUACUCAAUGGGGCAACCUCAGGGCAGGCUUGCACGACUACUCAAUUCACUUGCCCCAGGCAAUAGGGCAACCCUUAAUUUUAAUUCCUGGUAAGGGAUGGAAAUAUAUCAAAAUAGACCAGCUAAUAUAACAAAAAAAUGUAUUGUGAAAAGGGGAAAUGUUCAUAAAAAUUGUCAGUGAGGAUGCUAAUUGUAUAUUUUGGGGAGCUGUUCAUGUGAAUUUUAUCUGAGAUGUAAUGGUGUUUAAUAAUCGAUAAUGUUAUGCACAUGAUUAAUAAAAUAUAUUUUUCUUCCGCA